CCUGCUCGGCGCUCCGUACUCUUCCUUCCCCUACCUGUUUGUGCUAUGUUUGUUUCUGGAGUGUGUGGAAGGGCUUUAGCGGAGCUCAAUGGCCGUUCCGGAAGCACAGGCGCGUUUCGGCCAGUCCGUUAAAGGGCUGUUAUCGGAGAAAGUGGGCUCCUGCAGCGGGGACGUGAUCGCGCUCACCCGGCAGGUCCUCAAAGGCUCGCGCAGCCAGGAGCUCCUGGGCCAGGCUGCUCGGAACAUGGUGCUUCAGGAAGAUGCCAUCCUGCAUUCGGAGGAUAGUUUGAGAAAAAUGUCAAUUAUCACAACACACCUACAGUAUCAGCAAGAAGCUAUACAGAAAAAUGUGGAGCACUCUAGAAAUCUUCAAGACCAGCUGAGGCACUCCUUGAAGUAAAAUGGAGAAGAAAGUGCUUUUUCGGAGAUUGUGAAGAGUUGGACGUGUCAUCGUUGAGCAGACGUGGACUCCACGUGUCUCUGCAAUGGCCACACCACUUAAAUGGCUCUCUUUUUUUCUUGCUUCUGGCUCGAUCGCACAUCCUUCUUGUGGGAAAUAAGGGGAUAAUUAUUCAUUUCUUUUGAGAUGAAAGGUUUUAUAGAUUUUAUUGGAAAUUGGAACAACAGAACUGGCUAAUUGAAAUGUAUAUUCUGCCUAUGUCCAUUUGCCAGUCCAGGUUUUCUAAGGUUCUUUGACUUUCUCUGUUGGUUUAAAGCUGUUUUAUUUGUAUAAAUGUUAAAUAAUUAACAUUUUGCUUUGGAGAUGUAUAUGUAAUAAAAUGGUUCCAAGUAA